AUGUCACUAGAUCCGCGCUUUUACCAUCUGGGCCAUGGCCUUGGGCCUGGUUCGCAGUCUUCUAGUUCCUCAUCAGGUGCCUCUGCUAUCACCGGUAUUACCAGUCCCUCCAUCCGUUCGACAACAGCUUCAUCCGCGGCGCUACGAUCAACCGCUUCGAGCCCAUCAUUGCGUUCAAGAGAGGGUAUUGCUGUGACUGCUAGUCGCCUAGAUGGAAUUGCCAGUCCUUCCCCGGGUGGGAAUGUGCGCGUGGUUGUGCGCGUGCGAACUUUCUUGCCGCGAGAACUCGAGCGCAACGCCCCCUGCCUGAUCACCAUGGACCCCCACACUCAAAUGACGAAACUCAGAGCACCACUCAAUCCUAGCGACGAAGGAAAGCCCAAAUCUCAGGCCCGUGGAAAAGUCCUGGAGGAUAAAGCCUUCAUCUUCGAUAAUUCAUUCUGGUCACACGAUGAGGAGGAUGAUCACUAUGCAACUCAAGAGGACGUAUACAAUUGCCUAGGGGAGGAAUUCUUAGACCACAACUUCGAGGGAUAUCAUACCUGCAUCUUCGCGUAUGGUCAGACCGGCUCUGGCAAGAGUUACACCAUGAUGGGUACCCCCGAGCAGCCUGGUUUGAUCCCACGGACCUGCGAGGAUUUAUUCCAGCGUAUAGAGGGUGCAGAGACGCCAGAUGUCAGCUUCAAUGUUCGUGUCUCCUACUUCGAGGUCUAUAACGAACAUGUUCGAGAUCUGCUGGUGCCUCGCACUGAGCCGCCACACUACCUGCGUAUUCGAGAGUCUCCUUCCGAAGGACCCUACGUCAAGGACCUUACCGAAGUCACGGUGAGGAAUUAUCCAGAACUUAUGAAGUACAUGCGCAAGGGCGACGUGUCACGCACCGUUGCUAGCACGAAGAUGAACGAUACAUCCUCCCGAUCGCAUGCCGUUUUUACUAUUACAUUGAAACAGAUCCAUCACGACCUUUCUACCGAUGAAACAACGGAACGCACAGCGCGAAUACGACUUGUUGAUCUCGCCGGCUCCGAACGCGCGAAGUCCACCGAAGCGACCGGCCAGCGCCUGCGGGAAGGAUCUAAUAUCAACAAAUCCCUCACGACUUUGGGUCGAGUCAUUGCAGCCUUGGCUGAACCCAAACACGGACGGCCGGGCAAACGGAAGGGAAAGGAAGUCGUACCUUACCGUGACUCGAUCCUCACGUGGCUGCUUAAAGACAGUCUUGGAGGAAACUCGAAGACGGCGAUGAUUGCCUGUAUCUCUCCGUCGGACUACGAAGAAACCCUUUCAACCCUCCGCUAUGCAGACCAGGCGAAGCACAUCCGCACCCGCGCACGAGUCAACCAAGAUCAUCUGUCUGCCGCCGAACGUGACCAGCAAAUCGAAGAGAUGGCCGAGACUAUCCGCACCCUGCAACUCAGUGUUAGUCUGGCGGCGGCUAACCGACGGGAGAGCGAAAUGCAAAACGAACGGCUUGAGGAGUAUCAGCAAAAGGUAGAGAAGCUGCAGCGGUUGAUGGAGGAAACUAAGAUGGUCAGUGAGUGCAAGAUUCGGCAAUUGCAAACUGAAAACGAAGCUCUUCGCAACCAUCUCAAGUUAGCCCUGGAUAGCCUCCGGAAUCCUAUCCCACCUGUUACUAUCGAGAGGCGUCUGAGCGGAUCUCUUAUUGUAGAGGAACAAGAAGGCGAUCUGUCCCUGGAGGACCAGGAGAACAAUCUUGAAUCUCCUAUUUCCGAUGCUGAAACAGAGCCAUACUUGAUUUGGGAAGAAGAAGAGGAGGAGGAGGAGGAGGAACAAGCACAAGAAGAAGAAGAAGAAGACUCGAGUCAUACUGAAGCUAGUAAGAGUCAGGCCCAAGAAAUGCAGUCGAACAUGGAGGAUCUUCUCGUUGAUCUAGGUGUCUUCAAACGCAAACUGGCAACCGACCACGAACGGUUCCGGUCCGUCCAAAAACCAGAGGGGCGAAUACGACGACGAGCGCUGGGGCAGAUACUGGGAAAUAACCGCUAG